CAUUCGUGGAAAACGGUUGAUUCCUGGCCGGAUGCCGCGCGAACAAUUUCGCUGACUAAAGAGGUGCACAAUUGGAUUAUCUCACCCGCGAGGAGGAAAACCGUUGGAGGUGUGUGCGUGAGCGGGAGGGGAAACCGCGUUUCCACCAACCCACCGUUCUCGGUCGGAUCCGUAGUUCUUUUCAGGAACCCGCUCUCUAGUGAGUGUGAGCUGGCUGUCCGCUGGACGUUUAUCCGUGGGAAUUCGAGGAUAUCGCCGAGGUGACACAGUGACGAGGUGUGUUUUCGAGUUUGGCUGACCUUCGGACGCAAGAAGAGGAAAAGCCGAAAAAUUGUGAUGGUGACUAAUUAUUUCAGUAGUCUAUAGCUGUGUCGCAAUGUUAUGCACGCGACGCGGUACAUAGAGAGAAGGAAAACAAAAACGAGACGAAACGAGGAGUGAAAGCAGCUUUAUCCAGCUUUGACAGGAUUUGUUUGGUGGAGUUUUUGUGGGUGGUGUAUGUGUGUGUUCCUGCAGUCGACUGUAGCGAAGCUAUUGGUGUUGUGCAUUUGAACAAGUGGAAGAAGUCGCGCAAUGUUUACGGUGGUUUCAACAAUGAUGAUGUCUUACGUUGUUGCCUGUGGUGCUCAUUCCGGAUGAAAGCAAUUUUUUGCGGAUGUGAAGCGAAAGAAUUUGUGCACUGUUUAUUCGCUCAUCGAGCGUUUGUGUUUGUUUUUCGUGUUGUCGUGAGUUCAGAAUCUGCUCCUUAGCGAACAAGUGUAUGUAGAGCAGAAAGUAAUGUAGCCAUCCAGAAGCGUGUGUACAUCAAAGUGAAUUAUCCUGGUGUCUAUCUCGUCUAGAGGCGCCGUCACGGGUUGUUCCUAGCCCUCAGUAAAUGCGUAACGCGGAACUGUUUAACAGAUACUAUAAACACGCAUCUCGCUCACUAUUGGGCUUUAUUUCAUCAAUUCACGUAGAGGCAUUCGUUUGUGGGAUUGGUAUUCACGAGUGAAACUUGUAGCAAAGAAUAAGUGUGGUGUGAAGUAGCACAACAACAAGUUAUGUGCCCUCUGAACAUUGCAUAUAUGGGAACAUAUUUCCAUGUGAAAGCUGACCGUAGACGUUCUUUGUGAAUAAUAAACAUGCACCGCUAAUGACAGAAUUAAUUAUGGCUUUAUACAAACGAAAAUGGAUAAGGCGUUAAUGGUGAUGAUAAUUCCUAGUCACAGCAGAAUCUGCAGCGCCAAUCCAUCGUGGAUCAUAAACGUCUGACCGGACAGUAUCGUCAUAAAACUAGGAGCUCACUUGCUACUGAGGCCCAAUGAAAAAAGGAGGCAGAAAGAUGGGCUUCUAGGAGUAAACAACAUUACAAUUCAAUUUUCAUCUGAAAUGAACCAAACUUCGGCGGCUGCGGAGGGCUUAGAGUACACAACCGACGCGACCCUGGAUCGCAUCGGGUAGAUACACUGUGUGAAGGCUGAACCGAUUUAUGUUCUCAGGAUCCAGAUCCCGAACAAAGCCCGGUCCGUCCGUUCGGAGGAAAGGUACCGUCAUUUUGCCGUGAAGCGAGGAAGUCAUAAAUAAAUGAUGCUAAUGGAAUAUAAACAACAGUGAAUUUUACGCGUGCAGAAAAAUAAGCAAUACAAUUAUGCUUUCGGGCCGGCUGUUGGAGUUAAAUUAUUGCUGAAUAAAUAAAUUCUCGAGCGAGAUGUGUUUGUACGCCGCCGUUCAUAAUUAGUGUCAGUGGGUGUAUUCUAAUGUUUGGUAAACACUGAGCAAUCGCUUUUUCUGUGCCACGUCGAGCACAAACCGAUGGCGAAGUGAGAAAAGGGGGUUCAAAGUGGUAUCCGAAGAAACCGAGUGAUUUUCAUACUGUUGUGCCGUUCGACAAGGGGGAGUGAGGAGAAAAGUGGUAUCCGAGAAUCGGUGUGAAAGGAGCAAAAAUGUGGCUUUUCGGAUUUUCCCUGCUAGUGAUCGUGUGCACCGCCAAGUGCACCGAGGCAGAUGUUUCGGUGGAGGCUGCUUUCCAAGGACGCUGUGGACACGGUAGUCCCUGCGAGCAAUUGUGCUAUGAAUUACAUGAUGGAAUGUACGAAUGCGACUGCACGGAGGGAUUCGAGCUGAAUAAGAAUGGAUACAGCUGUCAAGAAAUCAACUCUACCUCAAGUGAUGCUGACGCGUCCAAUGCGGAGGAGGAGGACGUCCUGUAUCAGCGGGGAGCCUCAUUCAGUGCGAAGCUCGAUAUGUCUGAUUUGCACAUAUCGAUGAAAUCGUACGACAACAACGAUAGCGACGACGAUGGCGGCGGUGGUCGGGCAGUAAUGACACCGAUCAAUCUGAACACCAUCGACGGCGAACUGACGCUGAGGAAAGCUGCUCAUAAUUGGAAAAUGGAAAGCGCGAAACUACCCACGAAUACUAACAAGCACGGCCAACUGCCGCAACACUCCGUCCCUGCGCAGCCUUACGUUAAUAAAAAUAACGACACCCCAAAGCGAGCGGAAGAUACCCCUGGCGAUAGUUUUAGCCGUUCUCCUAAGCCAAUCCGUAUGGAAAUCCGCGUCGCAAACUCAUUACAUAUGCAGCACGAGGACGGGAGUAAUCGAAGUGAAAUAAAGGCCCUUGCACUUACGGCACCGGAGGACGAUCCACAGCUAGACGGCAGGGCGGCGACGACCACCGCAACCGUUAAACCUCCCGCGGCCACUAGCGAGAACGUGACAGGAAGUCCGAGCGCUGGGAGCAAUUAUAACACGACCGCCGUGGUGUCGGAUUCUACUGUGGCAAGAGAGCCAUGUACAUUGGAUUGUGGCUACGAGGGAAUCUGUAGCAACGGUGAAGGCGGUCAACCACAGCACUGUUUGUGUCCAUUCGGCAAGAGUGGGUCGCGGUGCGAGGAAGACUUCCGAGUUAACACGCCCCGGUUCAAUCAGCGUUCCUGGCUAGCCUUUCCGACACUCCGUGCGGCCUACAAACAUGUGCAGCUGCACAUCGAAUUCCGACCGGAAUCGUUCGACGGUAUCCUGCUGCUGACGGGGGAGCGGGACGAUCUAACCGGGGACUUUAUGGCACUGCUGAUACAUCAAGGAUUUGUGGAAUUUUGGUUUGAUUGUGGCUCUGGCACUGGACGGGUGCGCUCGGAGGAAACGAUUGUCCUGAAUCAGUGGAAUACCAUCACCAUCUAUCGCCAUCGCUGGGAUGCCUGGCUAGUGCUGAACCAGGGCAAUCGAGUGCAGGGACGGUCGAAGGGCCUUUUCUCACGGAUUACGUUCCGUGAACCGGUGUUCCUCGGUGGGUUCGGAAACAUCACCGGGCUGGACAAGAAGCUGCCGGUGAGCAGCGGGUUUACGGGCUGCAUCAGGAAGUUCGUUGCCAACGAGCAUGAUUACAAUUUCCACAGCGCACCACUCGGGGACGUCUCGCAAGGAUUCGACAUUCAGGAAUGUGUCACCGAUCGCUGCAGCCGGUUUCCAUGUCAGCACGGCGGCAAGUGUCUACCCUCGGAUGACGGCGCAAUCUGUCUGUGUCCGCUAGGCUUCGGCGGUGAUUUAUGCGAGAUGAGACUGGAUUUACAGGUGCCUUCGUUCAAUGGCUCAUCGUAUCUGCGAUACGCUCCCCUCGGUGAUAGCUGCAUUAUCUGGUUCGAGCUUAAGAUUAUCAUCAAACCCCUGCUGGAGGAUGGGCUGCUGUUGUACAGUGGUCAUCACGAGUACGGGGACUACAUCUCUUUGUGUCUCAACAUGGGCUACGUGGAGUUCACCUUCGAUCUGGGGAGCGGUCCGGCAACGGUGAGGAGCGAAUUUCCGUUAUCGAUGGGACAAUGGCACACCAUCAAAGUAUCCAGGACAUCGCGAUUGGCAGUCUUGAAGAUCGAUCAGCUUCCGGAAGUGAUGACGGUCUCCCCGAACGGCUUCUGGCACCUGUCGCUACCGCACAGCCUCUACUUGGGCGGAGUGCACAACGUUCACACGCUGCCGAUGAGCCUCAGGGAUAAAGGAUCCUUCGCCGGAUGUGUACAGAAGGUCGACAUCAACGAUCGCACCCUCUCAAUCAUCUCAGAGGCGUUGGGUGGGUCCAACGUGGAAAAUUGUCCCCACGCCUGCGUUGCCCGGCCGUGCGGCCCACUGGCGAAGUGUGUGCCCAAUUUGGACAGCUACGAGUGUCAAUGCAAUCCACGGAACAAGAUGUGCAAUAAGGCGGAGGAGCUACCUUCGGAGCUAAUCGAGCAGCGGCAACGGAUGCUGCUCCGACAGCGUCAGGAGCGACCCCAGCAGCAAAAACGGCAACAACAACAACAGCUGGAGGAAGACGAGGGAGAAGAAGAGAUGGAAACGACCCGACCUCCGAUAACAACAACAACAAUCACCAGCACGGCAGAUAGCACCUUUGCGAACAAGGGUGCAUCCAGCAGCGGGGAGGCUGAGUAUUAUUACUACGAAUAUGAUAGCGAAGAGGAUAAUGAUUGGACCAAAGAAGGGACUAAUGAGAAUAAAAGCCGGACGAAGGAGAGUAAAAAAGUAGUCACCGGCAUGGGCAGAAAGAAAUCGGAGCCGAAAGUUACCACCCAAUCCAGUGAUGAUUACACGGAUUACGACUCUGACAGUUAUGGAGGAAACGGUCCAAUCCUGGAAGAGAGUCCCACGUCGUCUAAUGGUGGCAAAUAUGAAGGAAAUUAUUAUGAAGAUGAUUACAGCGCCGACGGCGGUGACAAUGUUGCUGCUGAGAGUGGGAUUGGCAACGGGGAGAAGAACGAAAAAAGCGGCUUAGACGAAAAUUAUACCCGCAAAACGGGAAAACAUUCCACGUUCGGGAAAAAGCCACUGUCAACGACGAAGAAGCAAUCCGGCGAUGGAAUGCGGGAAAUCUACACGUCAAACAUAGGGGAUUAUAAUGACGGUGUGGUUGAAUUCGGUUCGCGCCGAGAUACCAACAGUAACGGUUACUCCGUCGACGGAUAUCACAGAGAUGAUGAUGAUGAUCACAGCAGUGGUGACAGAAUACCAUAUCGCCCGGAUUUGACGAGAAAAACGCAAAACGAGCAGCAGUCAAGUGGGAAAAGAAACCGGAAGCAACCGGAACGAGAUACAGACAUUGAUAAAGUAUUAAUCGAGGAGAUGAAUAGAAUAAUGAAGAAUAGGGACGACGACAGCGAAGGUGAGGACGGAGAGCUGGCUGCGAAAGAGUGGAGCUUCGGGAUGGGUGAGGAGGAACUGAGACAUGCGGGUGUCCCGAUGGGUGGUGCAACCAGUUCCGACCGGAUUGUGGUGAGCGGGGACGAAGACGAUGAUGAUAUCGAUAUCAGUCGCAACGUUGUUGACGUUGAUGGAAGGAAAAGCAGUCGCCGACGUGAUGAAAAUACAAAUCUUGAUGAGGGUGCAAUUAAAACUCUUUCGAACGGUAACGGUAGGUCUAGUAGUAGUAGUAGUAGUGGGAGUGGGAGUGGGAGCAGCGGCGACAGCAAAAGUAAUCCGAAUACUGGACAGGAUCGAAAAAAAUCUAUCAAAGAAGAAGACGACGUGUCCCGUGGAACUAAAUACAAAAACAAAUACUUCAGACGGUAUCAGGGGGCUUGCUUCACCGGAACGGAGAGCUUUUUCCAUUACAGUGAUGCCGAGACGAUGCGGAGAAUUAUUAGCUACGAGAUCGACCUCAAUCUCCGAUUCAAAACGCACUCCAACAACGGUUUGAUUCUUUGGACCGGGCGGCACAGUGCGCUGGAAGGAGACGAUUUCCUGUCGCUAGGAAUUGAGAAUGGCUAUCUCCAUCUGCGAUACAAUCUUGGGUCAGGUGAAAUUAAUAUCAAAUACAACUCAACCAAAGUCAGUGAUGGCCUUUGGCACCGUGUGAGAGCUUUGAGGAACUCCCAGGAUGGCACACUCAAAGUGGACGGCGGAAAGCCAAUCACCCGAAGAUCGCCCGGUAAGCUGAGGCAGCUCAACACGGAUACCGGGCUGUAUGUCGGUGGCCUCCCGGCGGCCCCAUUCUACACCCGCCAACGGUACACCGCCGGCAUCGUGGGCUGCAUCUCGGAGCUGAUACUGGCCGGCGAGCUGAGGCUUAACUUCGACCCGACGAUAUUGGGCACGGCGCACAACGUGGAACCAGGUGCUCCAUGAAGGUAGAUUUAAGUGCAGGCCAGCCGACGGGGUAUCGGGCCUACCGCAGUAACAUCAAUUGAACGUCCAUCAGAGUGAAUAUCUAUAGGGAGUGUGGAAAACGGAACGCGAACGGGAUGGGAGCGGAUGCGAGGGCCGCAAUGGUGGCUUGAUUGCGAUGCGAGCCGGGCUAACUACACACACACACACACACACACACACCGAUUUAGACUAAAUAAAUUUUUAUAUAAGGAUGAAAUUUUAGAGUAAUGAUUGAGUGUAAGACCUAGGUACUGAUAAUGUAAUAUUAAUGUUUAUAAUCGAUAGAUUUUAAUCAUGCAAAUUUUUAGUGAAGAGCUAACAAAAAUGGUGGAUGCUGGGUAAAUUCAGUGUUGGAAACGAAUUGGCUUCGUGAAAGAAUGUUGGGAUAUCCCCUAUUUACGAGACUUGUAUGCUAGAAUCGCAAGGAAAUCACACACAGACAAUGCAUCAAAGAGCGUCAAUAUCGAAACUAUCAAAACGAAAAAAGAACAACUAGGAAAUUUGAACACUGUCGAAGAACAUCAAGUACCCGAGACAAAACUAAUGUAAGUCAAUUUUUUGUCCAUGCCUUUUGUGAACCUUUACGUUUCACCGUUUGGUUCUCAGAUGAGUUGUGCUCCAAUUAUAAGAGAAAUAAACCAAAGGAUAUAUAUUGAAACCGAAAACGAACAAUAAUAACAUCAUAUCAAUUGCAAUUAACACAACAAUUGAGAAGCAAAUGCUGGCGUAGGAUAAACCUCUGAUAAGGAAUCACAAAACCAUAAAAAAGAAAAACUCCAGCGACAUCUCACCACACGCACCAACCUCCCCUAAAUGUCGCUUACGCCUAUCGUUGUGCAGACGAACCAAGUGCAUAUUGCGAAACAAUAUUCAUUUUAAUCAUUUAAUUGAAUCUAAGCCCUGCUAAGUGGAGAAGAAAACUCGCAAACGUUAUGCUAAACCGAUAGGAUUAUGAUGAUAACGGAAGGGUUGAAACAAUUUUGUAUGCAACAAUACAGGGAUGAGCUGAACACGAUAACACAAUGAAGUUCAUUAUUUGGGUAUGAUUAUGAGAGCGCGUCUCCAUUUCUUUUUUUGGUUGGCCCCUGUUAUUGUCAUACACUUCAAGUGCUUUACAACAGAUGAGAUAACUUUAAAAAGAUAAAAUCAUAAACAAAAAUAUAAAAGGUGAACUACACACACACUAAUUAUACAAUCCAGAACAAGAGUGGACGAAAUGAGUAUCAAUGUGAGAUAAUAUAACAAUAACAUAAACAGAUCUAUAACAAGCGAUUUUAGCAGAAAAAAAAAUCACCGAAACAAAAAUAUGUUGUCUGUGCUUAACCGUGAAUCAAGGAUUCGGAGAGUAGCGAAUAUUUUGAUCAAGCAUUAGCGCAAAUGCAAGAAAAUAAUGUGAAACAAACAACGGAAGUAAAACAUCUUCGUCAGGUAUUUACAGUUGUAGAAGCUAUUUUGUAAAUCCACCGUUUUGAGUUUUCUUGGUAGCGAAAUUUUUGCGAAAACGCGUGCAACUAUAGUCAAAUGCGAAAACUGUCUUGUAGAAGGUGUAUUGUAGUUUUAUUUGUGCGAGAGAGGCAUUAUUUUCACGUGAGAAACAUUUCCCGCAAUGAAUUCUAUCGAAGAUUUUAGAAGUAAAAAAACCGCGAGCAAAAUCAGUCCGAAAUGUAUACUGUAAAUAGCUAAGAUAAAAAAAAUGUACUUGAAAAAAAUCGCGAUAUAAAAAAGAACAACUGAAUCUCAUACACCUAGAUGUGACCGUGUAACGAACUGAAUCCUCAGACCUAUUACCAGCAUUCCUUUCACGUUUGAAGCCACCACCGUAUCACACCACAAAUAUGAUUUCGAAGAUUUUCCAGAGCGGAAGUAAUAGCUGUGUGUACAUAAAGUGAAACUAGCGAGUAAAUCAGCUUAUAAAUGUUCAAGACAAUGAUGUGAUGUGCAACAAUCGUGCUAGAGACACUACUAGAGCCGUUUAGUUUGGAAAGUUACUCUCUGCAGUACUUUGCUUUUCGUUCCGUAUAUCAAGUUCUUUUUUCUGUUGGAAAUGUACAAAAUGCGAGCUGAAGUAUUUAUGAAUGUUGGAAGCGUUUAGCAUAUCUAGAAACAGUAGAUUUUGCGUCAUAUGUAAAUUCAGGACUGCACCGAAUCGUCGAUGUCAGCGAAAAUGAAAAUCCCACUAUUGCUGCAAUCGGAGACAGGCGGAACUAUAAGUGAAUAUUCUGUAAUAUGUUAUUCGUUUCUUUUAACCAAAGUACCUAUAUAUGAAAGUCGAUCUCGAGAGAAAAUCGAACAAUAGCAAAACACUGCAAUAGUUUAGUUAUUCAUUUACGUUUUCUGCAUUGCUAUCCCAUAUCCACAACUUGAAGAAUAUGUAUAUUGUAACGAGAUUCCAAUAAACUGAAAUGGCAUUGGGUUUUGAA